AUGAAAUCGAAGAAAAAGGAAAAGUCUUUAAUUAAGGAGUUAGAUGGGAUUAGAUCCUUGAAAAAUGAAAGCAUUGAUUUGAAAGAGUUGGAAGAUAAAAUGGUUAAAUUAAUUGAAAAGGCAGCUCAAUAUUAUCAAGAUUAAUUGGAUAAUAAUAUGGCAUAAUUUUAUUUUGAAUAUGGAAGCAUUUUAGUUUAAAUAUUGGAAUAAUCUUAAGAUUCUGUAGAGAAUUCCUUGAAUUGUGUAGAAAUUUCAAGAAAUGAUAGGGAAUUGAAGAAUACAUAAUUGGCUUUUGAGAACUUGGAAGCAGCAAAGACAAUAAUUAGAAACAGACUUGAUAAGCAAAAUAUAGAGAUGUAUAAAUUAUAGGAAUAGUUGCAAUGUAAGCCUUUUUAGAUUAUGAUAGAAAUUAGAUCGAAAAUAAAUGAGACUGAGUUAGAAAUGAGUUUGAUUUUGAUACGAAUAGGUGACCUCUAGACUUGGAGAGAAGAUUACAAGGACGGAUUACUAAAUUUUUAUGCUGCCUUGGACAUUUUGAAAAACUCAUAUAAUUAUAAGGAACUUAGUGCAGUACAUUUUAAAAUAGGGAAUGCUAUUUUGUUAUAAAAUGAAAAUGGAUGUGAGAAAUUGAGUUUGAGUCAUUUGGAACAAUCCUUUCGUUAUUGCUACUAGUAAUUCUUUAACAAGGAGUGUGAUAUUGAUUUGAGUGAGAAGAAUUUGUCAAAGAUAGUAAUUGACAAUGAUUUAUUGAAAAUGCUAAUAGAGAAGAUGGAGGACACAUAUAUUCAGCUAAAUGAAGUAAAUGCGUGUUAAAAAGAGAUAGAGAGAUGGAAAAGUUCAGAACCAAUUUUAUAACAGGAAAUAUAAUAUUUAGGAAAAAUUAGCAAAUAAUCACAGGAAAUUAAUGGGAUUCAAAUAAAAAGAAAAAUUUGA